GUACUUCCGUUUUCUGUUCCGCCAUUUUAAACGCUCGUCUCUUGUCUAUAAUUUUCGGAUAGAGCGUCUUUAUGGACAAGCUUUUCCUGGCAUAAUAUUUAUUUAUGUAAGAAUGCAAAAUGGAUACGUGGUCGAAUUUGUGCCGAUGCUGCUUAUCGCCAGAUUCUGAAGUGUCAUUAUUCGAUGAGAAAAACGUGACGGAGAAAUUUCAUGAAGUAACUACAGUUGUGGUGAAACACGAUGAUGGCUUGCCACAAAAACUAUGCUUUGAAUGUUAUACGAAAAUGAAUUCAGCAUAUCAAUUCCGUAGGCAGUGUAUUAAGAUGGAUAGUGAAUUGAAAUUGCAAUUGAAUGCAAUACUCAGUGAAAACUACACUGACGACACCAAUAGUGUGAAAAAUCAAAGCUUGGAUGGUGAUGAUAUAGCUGAUGAUCCUAUAAAACAAUUGGAGUCUAUAAUAAAAAAGGAACCUGUAGAUAGUGAUGAUGAUUAUUACUAUGUGCUUGUGAUUGAUGAUCCCAAGGAAAAAGAUGAUGAAAAAGAACUGGAAUCUUCCACACUACUUGCAAAUAUUAAACUAGAGAAUGCAGAGGAAAUGCAAUCACCUCUAGAAGAAAUACAACAAAUAUUAAAUGAACCAAUCAAAGAAAUUCCAGAACCUUCUAACACAUUUAAAGGUCUUGAUUCAAUUGACUCCUUUUUAGUAUCUAACACUAAAGUGCCUAUUAAUGUACCUGCAACAAUACUCGAAAAUGAAGAAGAGAGUCAAGAAAAUUAUGAAAGUUAUACACAUCCAAUGGAAAUGGAGGAAACACAGGAUAGUGCCUCACAAGAUGAAAUACCAGGCAUGGUGACAGAAGAUAAUGAAAUAGAUGAAGAAAAUAUAUCUAACAAUAUUGUAGGCUCCUUACCCACAUCAAAAAGUAUCAUUAAAAUAUUAACAAGUUCAUCUUCAGAUGGAACUAUAAUAUUAAAAAAUAAUGAAAGCAUUCAAUAUUUAACCAAUAAUGAACUCAUAGCAAAUAAUGACAGAUUAGAUGAAGAGCAAGUGAUUUAUUGUGAAGAUGAUAAUACCCAAUAUCAGAUAAUAAAGUGUGAUGGCACAGAAUUAGUCAUUGAAUACUCUGAUGGUGGUCAGGUAGCAACAGUUUUGCAACAAGACGAUGGAACAUUUGUAUGUGAUUGUGGUGAGCAGUUUGAUGAUUUAGCUGAAUAUGAAAAACAUCAAUAUAAACAUAACCCAGCAGGAGAACACCUCUGUAAUUUGUGCGGAAAAGGCUUUGAAUCUGCGGAGAUUUUAACUGGCCAUAUACUGCUGCACAGUUUCACAGGUCUUCUAAUAACAUGUCCAUUUUGUAACCAAGUUGUUAGAAGGAAUACUUUAACACAACAUAUUAAAUAUGGUCACAAUAAUAUCAAGCCACGAUGUGAUUUGUGCUUUAAAACAUUUGCAAACCCCAAUAACUUGAAACGUCACAUGAUGAUACACAAAGGGGUAAGAGAAUUUGAAUGUGACAUAUGUUAUAAAAGGUUCCACCAAAAAAUCACAAUGCAGACACAUAGAAUGACACAUUUGAAUCCAUUUUCAUGCAAUCAAUGUGAUCUAAUAUUCAACAAUAAGACGGAGUUGACAGAUCAUAAGGAUUCUGAAGACUGCACAAAGUCCAAAGUGACAAAAGUAAAGCAGGAAUUAAUGAAAACUGUGAAACAAGAAAUCACUACUAAUCUUGGAAAGUUAUUGGGCUAUGCUUGUUCUCUGUGCAAGAAAAUGUUCUCUGUCGAAUCAGCUUUGGAGCAACAUAUUGAAAGCUCACACAUAGUGGAUCCAACUGAGUUGCUUUGCUCUGAAUGUGGAGAAGUAUUGCCUUCGAAAAAGGAUAUGCAAACACAUAUCCUAAGUCAUAAGAACAUGAAGUUGAAGAGUGUAAAGAGAUUUGAAUGCACAAUGUGUGGGAAGGGUUGUUCUAGUCAGGCAAUGUUGAUAAUGCAUGAGCGUGUGCACACAAAUGAGAGACCAUUCCCUUGCCAACUGUGCUCUCUAAGGUUUAAAACUAAAACACAUCUACGUACACACCAACUCACUCAUACAAGAGAGAAAAAGUUUGGUUGUUCAGUCUGUAUGAAGUUCUUUGCAUUGAAAGGAAAUUUAGUUGUACAUUUGAGAACACAUACAGGUGAACGUCCAUAUGUCUGCACAUUGUGUGGUGAAGCUUUUAUAGAUUCUAAAUACUUGAAGAAACACAAAUUAAAGAAACAUGCUAUUGACAAUGUACCUUGGAAUAAAUAUUAGUAAUUAUAUAUUGUGAAAACCUCCAGAACAAUUGUUGAUGCUGCAUUACAAGAAAUAAGUUUUACCCCAAAUAGGAAUAUUUUUGUACUAUUAUAGGGCCACGGGGUUUGAUGAACUUUAAUCUCUUGUAGAUUAAAACAAGUAACAUAAUAAUAUAUUUACUUAUUCAUAUCACCUCCUCUAAAUAGAGGGAAAACCUCAAUCUAAAAUAAUUACUAAGUUUUAUUAUACAAGUCAAUAUGCUAAUACAUUUGUUAUACCAAUAGAAAAUCAGUUAUUUAUUUUUGCGUAUGUUUUGUUUAUAUUAAUGCAUACAUUAAAUAUAUGUGUAAUAUGCCUAUUACAGUUAGAACUGUGUAUAUUCAUAUGGAUUUUGAAUCCUUUGUAAUAACAUUACUUAAUAUAAAAUCUCAUACUGUAAAUGUUAAAAAUAUAUUUUAUCCCAGUAUACUACUACUAUUUGCAUAAUGGUAUGUGUUACUAAAAUCAAUUCCUAUGUGUAUAUAUAUACAUACAUAUAUAUGUAUAUAUGUUGGUUAAACAUCACACAAACAUGUUUAGUGAAUACAAACUAAGAACAAUUCAAUUU